CGUAAUGGACGGUAUUGCUCUUCCUUUAAAUAAGUCAAUUUUUCCGAAUGUACCGGGCUAUUUCGAAGUGCUAGAAACACCCAACGGGACUGCCAUAUGACGCGCAGCUGGGAAUAACUAUAAGAUGAGUCAUUUCAGCUCUCGUCAACCCCUAGAACGUCCUUCGGUCCUGCUCCCUUUCCAUUGUGCCAAAAAUAGCAACGGUGCAUUUCUUCGGUACUUUUGCUUGCGACUGCUAUUCCAAUUUAUCCAGGAAUAAUAUCCGUCGUAUAAAUGAUUGCUAAAUGAAGAAAAAGAACAUAAUCUAAUAACGAAAUAAAAGUAUUGAAAGCGAGUUUACGCUUAAAAAACAUGAAACUUUUUCGUGCAUCGAAUGCAAAAUCAUACUUGUCGCGAAGGGUGAGUCAGCUACCCUCCCCUGAUGACGGUCAAGGAGACCAUUGGAGGAAGUGUUCGAUGGAUGGAAGGAGGAAUUUGGUAGUGAGCGGGAGUGAAACGAUGGUGCGUGAUUGGCCAACGUUCGGGGUCUGAAUUUGUGGUGGGGUUGAACGGUGCGAGCGUAGGAUCGGCAGAAGGAAGAGUGGAAGAGUGAUUCGCCGGUGUUACCUGGUGUUACGUGCCGUGGAAUCACUAGCCGGUCAGUCAGUGUACUGCCUCCAUCCUGCCCUUGAACGUUUGGCUGGACGGUGUUGCGCUUGCCUAUCUCUCUAAGUGACAACUGACAGAUUGAAGAGUACAACACAUCAUCAUGUCGAAUCCGUCGUUGAAAGACCUGCCAAAAGUAGCCUUAGACUUGAAAAGCGAGUUAGAAGGUUUCAAUCAUGGCUGUAUGAAGAAAGCCGCGACCGCUGAAAAGAACGUUCUACCUUCCGCUGAAGACGUGCGACAAGAACGACAACAUUCUGAAUUAAUCCACGAUGUGGAGACGUUUAAACCAGAUCAAUUGAAACAUGCCGAUACGAAAGAGAAGAUCAUAUUACCCAAUGCCAAAGAUGUAGCUGCGGAGAAGACUCAACAAACGCUUAUGUCAGGCAUCGAGACAUUCGACCCAAGCAGUCUGAAGCACACCGAAACUCAAGAAAAGAUUUUCCUACCUGAUAUGGAUGUGAUUCAGCAGGAGAAAGAAAAGCAAGAGCUGAUCUCUGACAUUGAGAAUUUCAAUCCUGCAAAAUUGAAACACGCGGAAACGCUUGAGAAAAAUCCCUUGCCUACCAAAGAAGCAAUCGACGCAGAAAAGAUAGCUGCUUAAAGGAAGCUUUUAAAAUGAAAAGAACGGAAAAGAAAGGAAGCAGCGACUCGUCAUUUCUUCCAUUUUCUAUAUCGUGACAUUUUAUAACAAUUAUUCAUACAUUGUCGACAAGAAAAAAGGAGAAUGCGAAACACUGUGUUAAUGUAAUCUUAUGAUUAUACUUAUCCUACCGCCAUGAGCGUCCCUUUCGGCGAGACGCACAAGUCGAUUUUUACACAAAACUAUUAACAACGGAACGACGAUGAAGGUUCAGGUCCAAAUUUAAUUUAAAAGACAAGAAAAAAGAAAAAAAUAUGCGAUAAAACUCCACAAGCCAUUGAUCUGAUUCCUAAAGUUACCAGCCUUAAAUAACUUUGGGCUUGCAUCGACAUCCGUCUUUAAUACUAACUCGCCAAAGGAUGUACUUUUUAUACUAAGAAAGCUGCACGCAGGCAAAACGUUAUUUUCGAUAGCAACAAAAUUGGUAGCAUUGCAUGCGUUACAGAAUAUCGCAAUGGUACAGCGGUUGAUCUUAUAUUUCUGUAAAAAUCAUAUUUUAUAUAAGGGGCUAUUGUACUUUUUUAAUAUUUCGUACACAUCGCAUUGUCAUUCCGAUGAAAAUUAUGACGAAUAAAAAAGUAAUUUGUAAGAA